UUACGGUCCUCCCGUCAGAUGAAGGCGCACUGCAGCAUGACGGAAACGGUGUCGUGUUUUGUUGCGUGUCUCGACUUUUGCAGUAUAAACAGGAAGAGCAUUGGUUACGUUGACUGUGAGCAGUUGUAACUGAUCAUGGGAAAGAGUUGUAAGGUGGUGGUGUGCGGCCAAGGAACAGUGGGAAAAACUGCUGUUCUGGAGCAGUUACUGUAUGCCAACCAUGUUGUAGGUUCUGAAACCAUGGAGACACUGGAGGACAUUUACAUAGGGUCUGUGGAGACGGACCGUGGCACUCGAGAACAGGUGCGGUUUUAUGACACUCGAGGGCUGCGUGAUGGUCAAGAGUUCCCGCGGCACUACUUCAGUUUUGCAGACGGAUUCGUGCUCGUCUACAGCAUUGACAGCAAAGAAUCCUUCAAACGCAUGGAGGCCUUGAAGAAAGAGAUCGACCGCUGCCGUGAUAAAAAGGAGGUGACAAUUGUUGUUCUGGGUAAUAAGUUGGACCUAGAGAACCAGAGGAGAGUGGACAGUGAGGCGGCCCAGCACUGGGCACGGCAGGAGAAGGUCAGGCUGUGGGAAGUGUCAGUAAUAGACAGACGAACCCUUAUUGAGCCCUUUGUUCAUUUGGCAAGUAAAAUGACCCAACCUCAGAGCAAAUCCACCUUUCCUCUCAGCCGUAACAAAAACAAGGGUAGUGGCUCCCUGGACAGCUAAACAGCCACUCCGCUCCGAAAUACAGA